AUGUUCAGCUUCACAAGCACAUCAAUUACAGAAGAAUUAUUCACAUUUUCACUCUCUCUCUCUUUAUACCCUUUCAAAAUGUCUGAUGCUUCAAAAAUCAGUGAAUCUCCAAACAUCAAGAACAAAUAUGAAAAGAUAAUCUCAAAUCUUCGUCAAGAUGAUGGCUGGAAACCAGUUGGAAAACUUUACGAGUAUCAAGGCUUUUGGUACGGUCCGUCGUUGGUACAGAAUGUAAUUUCAGCUCAGGAGUCCUUCACUCCCCAGCCAACUGAUAUUGUCUUGUGCAGCUCUCCAAAAAGUGGCACAGCUUGGCUCAAGGCACUGGCCUUCUCCAUCGUGUCACGAAAUCGGGUCAAUGAUUCCACAAACCCUUUGCUCAAAAAACUGCCUCAUGAGAUUGUGCCCUUUUUGGAGAUUGAACUUGCCCAAGACUCAAACAACAGAAACCUAGAAACCCCAUUUGUGGCAACACAUAUUCCUUACAGUUCCCUGCCAAGAUCCAUCAUAGACUCAAGCUGCAAGAUCAUCUACAUAUGCAGGGAUCCCAAGGAUGUCAUAAUUUCUCACUGGAAUUUUGAUCAGCAAGUGAGUGGCAUCGGCUCUGAAUCCUUCCCUCUGGAAGAGGCAUUAGAGCAAUAUUGUAAAGGGAUCUAUCCUUUCGGACCAUACUGGGACCAUGUUCUAGGGUUCUGGAAAGCAAGCUUGGAAUUCCCGGAGAAAGUACUCUUAGUCAAGUAUGAAGAUUUGAAGACUGACGGGCCGUUCCAUGUAAAGAGAAUGGCCAAGUUCAUGGGCCACCCCUUUUCCAUCGAGGAAGAGCAACAAGGAGCUCCAGAAAAAAUUGUGAGCAUGUGUAGUUUCGAGAAUCUGAGCCGUUUGGAGGUGAACAAGAAUGGAAAAUACUACCUUCCUGACCUCCCUACUUUCGAGAACAAAUCCUUUUUCAGGAAAGGUAAAGCAGGUGACUGGAAAAACUAUCUGACAGAUGGCAAGGCAGUAAAAUUCAACCAAAUUAUGGAAGAGAAGUUCAGUGACUCCGGCUUGGUCUGAUGUCCAUACAUGAAACCGGAGACUCAAUUACUGUUGAGUCUCUUUUGCUUAAUUUCUGCUUGAAUAAACCGUACGUGCAGGUUCACUUCUGUGACUCGAUUAUCGUCGAGUUCUAUAUAAUUAAGAGUAAAUCAGAAUACUAUUGAAUUCUUGCA